CAUAAGUGGAUUGAGAGUGGGGCAUCUCUCAUAAAAUCCUUCGCCAUCGUAGCUACUGUUUAUAGUACCAGUUCAGUUCAGAGACUGACAAGACCAGUUCGCAAUGAAGACGUUAUUCUCGUUAAUAUUUCUGGUGGGAUGCCUGGCUUUAGCCAGAGCGCACACGUAUCACAUGGGCGCCUGUCCCAUCGUGGAACCGAUGCAGGGAUUUCAAAUCAACAGGUUUCUAGGGAUAUGGUACGUGAUUCAAAAAACGUCGACUGCCAGCAAGUGCAUCACUUAUAAUUACACCCGUGGCGAGGAACCAGGCGAAUACGUUAUAACUCAAGAUUCCGAUCAUCCAGUAUUAGGUCUUACGCCAUUGAAACAUGAGUACCAUUACACCGGUGAAUUGACUGUACCGGAACCCAGCACGCCCGCUCGAAUGCAAGUUCGUUUUCCCCUUAGCGUUGCCGGAAGCGCGUCUCACGUGAUUUUCUCUACGGAUUAUGACAACUACGCUGGAAUAUUCACGUGCCAAAAAUUGGGAUUCGCUCAUCGUCAGAGCGCGACGAUUCUCUCGAGGCGCCGGGAAUUGGACAAGGAAUACGUGGACCAGCUCCGCCAGAAGCUGAGCUUGUUCGGUGUCGACCCUUACGAUCUGAGCAUUAUCUCUCAGACCGGAUGCCCGCACGGUAACAACACGCUUGAUAUAAACGUGGACCCGAGCACGUUCACAGCGGAGAGUUUAGGCAACGCGGUACGCAAGGCUGGGGAGAAGAUUGGAGACGGUGUUCAAUGGGUGGCCAAUGCUAGCAGCAAGGUGUACCAUAAGAUAGCCGGAAGCGAGGAGAAGGGCACCACUAAACCGGAGGAGAACACCAGAGGAGCUAUUACCAGGGGUUACGAGACGAACGAAGUAGAAUGGAUCCCGUAGAUCUUCUGAAUAUCUCGAUCGCGAUUAAAAUAAACGUUUUCAUUUUUGUUUUGACUUAUUACUGAUAGAAUCUUGCAAUAAGAUUGAAUGUAAUCGGAUUAGAAGUAGGACGAGAACGAAAGACUACGAAUAUGACAUUUUUAUUUUUUUUGAUGAACAAAAAUAAAGUCCUUUUAAAACACGAAAA